AUGGAUCCACUGAACCUGUCCUGGUACGAUGACGACCUGGAGAGCCAGAACUGGAGCCGGCCCUUCAACGGGUCUGCGGGGAAGGCCGACAAGCCCCCCUACAACUACUAUGCCAUGCUGCUCACCCUGCUCAUCUUCAUCAUCGUCUUUGGCAACGUGCUGGUGUGCAUGGCCGUGUCCCGCGAGAAGGCACUGCAGACCACCACCAACUACCUGAUCGUCAGCCUCGCCGUUGCCGACCUCCUCGUGGCCACGCUCGUCAUGCCCUGGGUUGUCUACCUGGAGGUGGUGGGCGAGUGGAGAUUCAGCAGGAUUCACUGUGACAUCUUUGUCACUCUGGACGUCAUGAUGUGCACAGCAAGCAUCCUGAACUUGUGUGCCAUCAGCAUCGACAGGUACACGGCUGUGGCCAUGCCCAUGCUCUACAACACACGCUACAGCUCCAAGCGCCGAGUCACCGUCAUGAUUGCCAUCGUCUGGGUCCUGUCCUUCACCAUCUCCUGUCCGCUGCUCUUUGGACUCAACAACCCAGAACAGAGCGAGUGCAUCAUCGCCAACCCCGCCUUCGUGGUCUACUCCUCCGUCGUCUCCUUCUACGUGCCCUUCAUCGUCACCCUGCUGGUCUACAUCAAGAUCUACAUAGUCCUCCGGAGGCGCCGGAAGCGGGUCAACACCAAGCGCAGCAGCCGGGCUUUCAGGGCCACCCUGAAGGCCCCACUCAAGGGCAGCUGCACUCACCCCGAGGACAUCAAACUCUGCACCGUUAUCAUGAAGUCUAAUGGCAGCUUCCCUGUGAGCAGGCGAAGAGUGGAGGCUGCGCGCCGAGCCCAGGAGCUGGAGAUGGAGAUGCUCUCCAGCACCAGCCCGCCCGAGAAGACCCGGUACAGCCCCAUCCCGCCCAGCCACCACCAGCUGACCCUCCCCGACGCGUCCCACCACAGCCUCCAUGGCACUCCUGACAGCUCCGCCAAACCCGAGAAGAAUGGGCAUGCCAAAGACCACCCCAAGAUUGCCAAGAUCUUUGAGAUCCAGUCCAUGCCCAAUGGCAAAACCCGGACCUCGCUUAAGACCCUGAGCCGCAGGAAGCUCUCGCAGCAGAAGGAGAGAAAAGCCACCCAGAUGCUCGCCAUCGUGCUCGGCGUGUUCAUCAUCUGCUGGCUGCCCUUCUUCAUCACACACAUCCUGAACAUUCACUGUGACUGCAAUAUCCCGCCUGUCCUGUACAGCGCCUUCACGUGGCUGGGCUACGUCAACAGCGCCGUGAACCCCAUCAUCUACACCACCUUUAACAUUGAGUUCCGCAAGGCCUUCAUGAAGCUCCUCCACUGCUGA